AACCCAAACCACAAUAAAAUAACUUAUUUUAACAGUAAUCAGCAUAAUUUGUUCAGCUGAUUAUAAACCACUAAGCAGUGCCCUCCCACCCCAGUGAGUCAGUGGGCAGUUUAGUGACGCAGGCAUCAAGGGAAUUCAGUUUUCAAGCCUAGACAGGAAACAUGCUCAGUCCCUGCACCGAACAAACAGGCAAGUAUCCCACAUACACUAGCGGGAAGCCGAGCUUGAGUACACACUGUUAUCAGUUCUACUUUGUGCUGUAGAGAUGCAAAACAGCAAAUUUCACCGGUGGAGAACUCCUACAUCCACGGAAAAGAAGCAACACCAAAAGCGGUAAGGACAAGAAAGCUCUAAAAACUCGAGACUGAGGACUGACAUGGCAGACAUUGUGCCAGGAUUACUCAUUUGUCUGAUGGCAGUGCAGACCAUUCAGCAUGAUGGAAACAGAACCAAGACCCAAACUAAUAUUCCAACUGGUGUGAUACCAAAAACCUUCAAGGGGAAGGUGGGCAAAUGUAAUCAGACAAACCAGCUGCUGGACCUACCCCAUCAUCCCAGCACAACCCCUAGGCUAGAUGUGGACCCAGAGGACCCAGUGACAGCCUACAUCAAAGGGAUACUCAGCACCCAGGUCAUACCUUCAUCAUAUUUCCUGGCCAUGCUGGUGGGUAUCCCCUCAAACGCCUACAUUCUGGGCUUCCUCAGAGUCAGACUCAGAGAAAGGUCCACGUCCACAGUAGUUCUCUACCUGAACCUGGCCUUGUCCGACCUGCUGCUCCUGCUUUCCUUGCCACUGCGUGUUCACUACCACUUCAACGGAAACAACUGGAUAUUUGGGGAAAUGUCCUGCCGGCUUAUCACGGCCUUGUUUUAUGGAAAUGUUUACUGUUCGGCUCAAACCAUAGCAUGCAUCAGUCUGGAGCGCUACCUGGCUGUGGUGAGACCGUUUUUGUACAGAAGGCUGACAAAGACUAUGCUGGCAAUGGGGAUGUGCUUGGCUGUAUGGUUCCUGUUUGGGGCUGCUGUUGUACCUGAGCUCCUUGUUAGGCAGAGCUACCAGGUUACCCAGCUGGGAGUCACCACCUGCCAUGACGUACUUCCCCUAGAUGAAAAAUCCCAUUCCCCGUUGGUGCUAUAUAGGCUGGUGCUGGUUUGUCUGGGCUUCAUAGUGCCCUUUCUAAUUUGUAUCUGUGCAUAUGUGGUAGUGGUAUACCACCUAGGUCAAUCUGGUUGCGACUGGAGACCAUUUAUCAAGGUCAGCACACUGGUCUUCAUCAUCUUUGUGGUGUGUUUCUUGCCCAGCGGCAUCCUGCAUAUCGCCCACUACAUCCGUCUGUUUUCCAGCGGGGAUGACAGACUGUAUGGAUACUACACAGUAGCGGUGUGUCUCUGCUGCUUCCACAGCUGUCUGGAUCCCUUCCUGUGUUUGCUCGUUUCCAAAACGGCAGCCUCAGAACUACAAUUCAUUUCCCUCCGUGACAAAACUCAGAGACCAGCAGUUAUGACAUGAGACUGGAUGUGUGUGCACAGAAAAAAAACACAUCCUUGCUGGACCAUUGUUGGGACACAGCAGGGAAGCACAAGAAACAAAGAUGUGAAAGUCAUAACUGGACACUGUGAAUUAAACAGAGUAAUACCACAAUCUCUGUAAGGCCCAAAACAACAACAGUCGUCAUAAAACAAAGCAGUCUUUGUACAGUAUCAGAAAGGGAAUAAGCAAAUAGUGCAGUCUAUCAUAUAACAAGCCUAUCAUGUACACCUAGCAAAAUCUCAGAUUGAGAACUUGGUGACACAGAGUCACAGUACAUUGACAACUAUAAUCUAUCCUCUAUUUUGCUUUGUUAGAGGAAAAUGUAAUUUAAAAAAUAGGUGAAUUCUAUGUAGAUAUUUACUCUUGCCUUCCAAUUUUUAAUUAUAUUUAAUAUAUGAACAUAAAGGUUUUAAUUCAACAAUGAAGCAAUUCAAAGUCAUAAAAAUGUUGUAAUAUAAAAUCCAGCCAUAUCAGGGAUGAGAAGCUGCUGUGCAACUCCAAUAAAACUAAUAAGAAUGAGAAAGUUA